AUGGAUCAGAUCCAAAACAGCUCUCCGUUCAACAACAACUCUCUUCCUCCCUCUGCCUCGACCGCGAACAACUCCUCUGCAUCCGCGAACCAGGCGCGCCAGAUCCACAACCAACAGCGCCUGCUAGUACAGCAGCAGCAACAGCAGCUGUACAACCUCCUCCCCGGUCCGAGCCAGCUCCAGACCUCGCCGACUUCAUACUCCCCGAGCAAUACACUACCACCAAUCCCGACGUCCUCUGCUCAACAACAGCAACAGUACUUUUCGUCGGAAGGCCUUUCAUCACCCACCCACACGACCCCGCCAAAUUCGGCGACUUGGCCACUCCAGCGCACGUCCAAUUCACGAGAAGAGUUGCACCCGCGCCAACAGCAGCAGCAACAACAACAGCAGUACCUCGCCCAGCAGCAAGCUAGGGCGCAACACCAGCAGCAGGAAGCGCAAGCUCAAGCACAGGCUCAGUCGCACCCGCCGAUCAAGAGAGAACCGAUGAGUUAUUCAGCGAAAGACGACAAAAGCGCCGUCGCAUCGUCCAGUGGCUCGAAUGGGAACCCUGCGCGUGGUACGGAGGAUCCUAUGCCUUCGACGAGUGACUUCGUGAAGAAGCUAUACAAGAUGCUCGAAGACCCGGCCUUCCAAUCCGUGGUAUGCUGGGGUCCACUAGGCGAUUGUUUCGUCGUUAAAGACAUGAACGAGUUCACGAAGUCCAUCCUCCCACGCAUGUUCAAGCACUCGAACUUUGCGUCGUUCGUGCGCCAGCUGAACAAGUACGACUUUCACAAAGUGAAGAACACGGACGAUAACCAGUUUGGAGAACACUCCUGGACGUUCCGCCACCCCGACUUCCACGCCGACCGCCGCGACGCACUCGAGAACAUCAAGCGCAAAGUCCCUGCCGCGCGCAAACCCACCGCGCUCUCCUCCUCCUCCGCCCUCCCACCGCACUCGUCCGCCGGGCACCCCUACGCCAACGGCCGACGCUCCUCCUCCCCACCCUCCCUGCACCCCGCCGCCUACCCCGGCGUGCACCCCGGCCACCCGCACUACAACGCCACCACCGCCCAGCUCACCUCAGAGAUCCAAAGGCUGAAGGAGGAGGGCGAUGACCUACGCGGGCGGAUCAGGAACCUGGAGCGGAAUUAUGAGAGCGUCCUGGUGGAGAUGGUGGGCUUCCAGCGGGGGAUGGCGCAGCAGGACGGCCUGAUGCAAAGCUUGAUCGCGUAUUUCCUGGGGAGCGAGAGUGGCAAGCUAAAAGCUUCCUCUAAUAACAACGGCGCGUCUGGCUCCCAACUUUCGCCCUCCACCUCCCGCCUCCAACAAACCGGCUCCCAACCAACACCCCAACAACAACUGCAAGCCCAGAUCCAUUCCCAACUCCAACAAAGCCAGCAUGCCCAAGCCGCCCUCCAAGCCCAGCUCUCCGCCGUGCGCGAGCGGCGCGCGUCGAUAGAGGCAGCCGAGGGCGCCCCACAGUCUCAACAGGUGCAGGUGCAGGCCCAGCAAGCCCAACAACAAUCCCAAGGGAGCUUGGCCGGUGCUCUCGGGGGCCUAGGGCAGAUCUCCGACCAGAACCCUUUCCUGCCGCCUCAGACCGUGCAGCGUAUCCUGAGCGGGGCGCCUGCGGGCGGGCUAGGGAAUAAUCUGGACCCUGGCGGUGGGCAGGGAGGUGGGCGGAUGACGCCUGACAUCCUUGGGAGGGCGACGCUCCUGCAGAUGAGCGAGCUGAGCAGACGCGCGGCGUAUUUGAACGCGCAGGGUAUCCAGGCGGGCCAGGGCGCAGAGGGCGGGCGGCUGUGGGCAGGGAUGAACUUCCCUCCUUCGUCUGGAGGAGAGGGGAGCGGGAGUGGAGGGCAGGGGCCAAUCCAGCCGCAAGGCCCGGAUGGGCAGAAGCUGACGCGUGCGGAGGCGCUGGCGCAGAUUAGGGAUUUGCAUAGGGAGAGGCUGUCCCAGGGCGGUUGGGCGAACGCGCCUGCUCCGAGCGUACCGCUUGGGUUGGGAGGCGUAGGUGCGGUUGGAGGCGUAGGAUCCGUUGGACUUGGUGGCGUGCAGAUUAGCGGCCAGCAGAGGCUUGGGCAGCGGAGGAGUAUGAGUGAGGAACGGAUGGCGUACGCCCAGCAGCAGCAGCAGCAAGGACAGCCCGGGCAAGGAGGCGAGAUGAUGCAGGUCGACCCUCAGGAAGCAGAGGACGAACGAGGACGAAGAGCGCGUAGGAGACAGAGCGAAGGAGGUGUUGGUCUGCGCGGAUCCUCCUCCGGGUUGUCUCUCGGCCCUUCAGGUGAAGGAGGCGACGGUUCGCAGGCGCAGAGCCCCGAGGAGUACGUGAUGCCCUCGCCCCCGCCGAACUCUGCAGCGGCCUCCGGCCAGGGUACAGCCUCUGGCUCGCCCCAACAACAAGCGCAACAGCAGAGGCAGCAGAGUGGGAUGCCAAAUCCUUGGGCGUCACUCAUGAACAUGAACCUCAACUUUGCGAAUGCCUCUGGGUCUGGUGGGCCUGGGGGCCCGUUUAUCGUCGACUCGCAGCCUUACAAUGGCCCCACCGCAUCCUCUGGCGGUGUUCCAGGGUUCAGUAUGGACGACGAGAACAACGGGCUGACACACGAAGGGCUGCAGGUGUAUACCGUCGGCCACCUCUUGCCGCGUGGUGUGGGUAUGGGCGGCGCGGAGGAUGCCAGAGGGAGCUGGAGCUUCGACGCGAGUGGGCUGGCGGCAGGUGGGAUGCUUGGGUCGAUGGAAGGAGGUAACCAGGGAGGCGAGCAGCAGCAGUAUGCGAGUGGGAGCUACGCCGGCGACGAUGGAGAAGAGGAGGUUGUGCGUCCGACACCGUCGAAUGCGCUCGUGCCGGGGGCGUCGUCGCACUCGAUGGCGGAGUCUUCGUCUGCGGCUUCAUCCUCGACAACAGGAGCAAGUAGAAAGCUUCGCGUACGUCGCUCGACGUUUGUUCCUGGAUGGGCAGUACCACCGAGAGUGCUUCUUGUCGACGACGAUGCCGUCAGCAGAAAACUGAGCAGCAAGUUCCUCAAAGUCUUCGGGUGCACGAUCGAUGUUGCUGUCGACGGUAUUGGCGCGGUGAAUAAGAUGAACUUAGAGAAAUACGACUUGGUGUUGAUGGAUAUUGUCAUGCCUAAGCUGGACGGUGUGUCAGCGACGAAUCUCAUUCGCAAGUUCGACCAAGGAACACCCAUUAUCUCAAUGACGAGCAACUCGAAGCCGAACGAGAUCAUGACGUAUUAUUCGUCCGGUAUGAACGAUAUCCUACCCAAACCGUUCACGAAGGAAGGUUUGCUAGACAUGCUAGAAAAACACCUAAUGCACCUCAAGGUGAUCCAGCAACUCUCCAAAGUGCCUCGCUCGAUCGGCGUCCCACCACUCUCCGACGCCAAUUUCGAGCAGGCCCUCACGACAAGUGCCAACAGCUACAUGCAACAGCAAGGGCAAUCCUCCAACCUCAUCGAAGGCCCUUCAGGCUCUUCGUCCUCUGACCCCAACGCCGGAGGUGUCGUUUCCGCCCCGUCGCCGUUCAACUUCAACUUCAAUUUCGGAGACGGCGAAGAUGAUGGCCGGAUUAACCCGCUGGCCGGUAUGGGUCUGACAGACGAGCAGUACAGCAUGAUCCUGCAGAACAUCGUCAACGGGGACGGGUUCAUGGGCAUCCCGGACGACAUCGCCAAUGGUGGCAAUCCGAGUGGAAGUGGGCUGGUCGAGGUGCCGGUUGGUGUGAGUGUUGGAGGGUCGGAGAAGCGUCCGCUGGACGACCCGAGCGAGGAUGGGAGGGAUGGGAAGAGGGGGCGAUUCGAGGUCAUCGAGUGA